AUGGAGGAGACGUCUACCACGGAAGUUCACCUUGGUGAAGGUGGCCAUUUGCUGCGCGGUGCUGUUGCAGGUGGUGUGGUGGAAGCCGCGUAUGACCUCACGGAAGGGCACGGCGCCGCACAAGCACUUCAAGAUUUUGGUUCCUGCGCAGGUCAGAACCUGGCCGCUUCUGUUCUCAUGCACACGACUGGGCUUCCAAUUCCAUCCUUCAGUGACCAUCAUGAGGAGCUUGUGUUUGCGAAUGGCGUGAGCAUGGGAGUCGGAGAACAGGUGAAUCAGUUCAAGACGCUUGAUGGGACAGUCUCACAGCACACAUCGGGUCUGCAAAUUGGCUGUGGGAUCCCGGGCGAUCCGCUUGGCAUUGUCCAGGCCCAGGCCACAAUUGGUGUGACGGAGGACUCUGUUCACAAAGAAACGGCCCUUCCAGGUGGAACAGACACUUUCGCCGAGAACGUGAAAACUGAGGGUGCUGAAUUCCGAAUUGGUAUCGGCAAUUUCUCAACUGCGCCAGUUUGCAUAGGCCAUGUGAAGUCGACGUCAAGGGACGAAGUCAAGACUCACACCAAGGGAGGGGGCACCAAGCACGAGGUGACAAGUCGCAGUUACGAUGGGUACAACUGGUUGCUGGUUUCUUCGGGAUCUGUGAUACAAAGCACCUUGGUCGACAACAUCUCGCAGGAUGGUGUAAGGUCAUAUGAUCAUUGCAACUUUGAAGGUCAGCAGUCUGGCUUCAAUCUCGGCAUCGUUGCCGAACAGCAUGAAUUUGGGACAUUCGAAGAGCAGUCUGGUCAAGACCAGCACCACUGGACAACGCCGGAUGGCGUCCAUCACACAGAGCAAUCGGCUGAAACUUUCCAAGGGCAGGAGGAUCAUGUGACGGAUAGGUUCUGGAACACAUACGAUCAUGACGUGAAGACUGGGACUGUGCAAGGCAACUCCACAACCAGCUCGUCAUUCCAUCGCACAGAGAAUGGCUCUGAAGUCACCGGCGCUCAUUCGGAGGUCACCGACUAUGAAGGCGACAAGUCUGUGGACAAUGGUGUGGUGACUGCAGAGCAGUUGCAAGAUGUCACCGACCAUUCAGAGACACAUGGAUACAAGAAGCUGGCAGUGGCCACCCGGAUGAGCAUGGUACAAGAUGGAACUGAGACUGGCCCAACUGGGCAUGAGAUUGGAGAAGAUGUUUCGGGAACCAUCGACCAUACGGUCAUGGGAGGCAGGCUUCAUUUGAACAAGGAGACGUUUGCCAUUCAUGACGGCGAAGGCACUUUGCACACUGAGGGCUUGUUCACUGCAGUGGACGUGCGUGGCAAAAUGCAUUAUGACGAGACGUCGGGUCAGGUUGUGGUGGAUGCUGCAAGUGAUUCUUUCGUGCUCUCAGCUAACACCAACGGGGCCAUCGCUGCCGCAACGAAGGUAGCGUUCCACACGCUCUUGAACAAAGGCUACCUUGAAAUCAAGGACGUAGGCUGGGUGGCAGUGAAGCAGUUUGCGCAAAUCACGAUCCUGCAGAAGCUGGCGCAGCUCAUGGGAUCUUCCUGGCUUACCAUGGGUGUGGCAAGCUGCGUGAUCAAGGCUGUUUAUGACAUUUGGGCCAUCGUGAACUGGACAUCUCUCUCCACUGUGGACAAGGGAGGCCACACGCUAAUCACCAGCGUAGGGCUGGUGUGUGAUAUCAUCAUUUGCAUUGCCUUUGCUUCCAAUCCGCUCCUGUCAGCAAUGUUGCCAGCGAGCCAGAUUAUGCGCGAGAUGGUCGCGAGCUUCUAUGACUGGUGCUCAGGCAAAAUCACCACGCAAAUGUUCAAGACCAACUUGUGCGCGGAC